CAGGCUCCUGAAGUUAUAGCGACACGAGUGUAUACGGCAAAAAGUGAUGUGUACUCGUAUGGGAUACUUCUUUGGGAAAUCUUCAAUUAUGGCCAAACCCCUUAUAAAGGAAUGGAUAACAAAACGGUCAGAGAAAAAGUGAUAUUUGACCCUAAAUUCCGUCCACCGACUGAUGAAACCCUUCCUCUUGCCGUCCUUAAAAUAAUGAAUACUUGUUGGAGGGCAGACCCCGAGAAAAGGCCAACGAUGGCUCGAGUUGUUCAGUACUUCAAAACGGCUGGUCCGGAGAAGUAA